AUGUCAGGCUCUGGGCGAAAAGACUUCGAUGUGAAGCACAUUCUGCGACUCCGCUGGAAACUCUUCAGCCACCCGUCACCGUCCACCGGCAGCCCGGCGGGGGGAGGCUGCCUGCAACAGGAUGGCAGUGGCAGCUUUGAGCAUUGGGGACCCAGCCAGAGCCGCCUGCUCAAAAGCCAUGAGAGAAGCGGUGUGAGCACUUUCUGGAAGAAACCUUCCUCCUCUUCCUCUUCGUCGUCCUCUCCGUCCUCUUCCUCCUCUUCCUUCAAUCCGCUGAAUGGCACCCUGCUUCCAGUUGCCACGAGGCUGCAGCAAGGGGCUCCUGGACAGGGCACCCAGCAGCCAGCCAGGACUCUCUUCUAUGUGGAAUCCCUAGAGGAGGAGGUGGUGCCAGGCAUGGACUUUCCUGGACCACACGACAAAGGGCUGGUUCUGCAAGAGCUCAAAGUGGAACCAGACAGCUCGAGCCAGGCAACAGGUGAAGGAUGUGGACACAGGCUGUCGUCAACUGGCCACUCAAUGACACCUCAAAGUGAUUUGGACUCCAGUAGCUCUGAAGAAUUCUAUCAAGCUGUUCAUCAUGCUGAGCAAACCUUCAGAAAGAUGGAAAGUUAUUUGAAGCAGCAGCAACUUUGUGAUGUUAUCCUGAUUGUUGGGAACCGAAAGAUACCUGCACAUAGGCUUGUUCUGAGUUCAGUCUCCGACUAUUUUGCGGCCAUGUUUACAAGUGAUGUUUGUGAAGCCAAGCAAGAGGAGAUCAAAAUGGAAGGCAUAGACCCCAAUGCUCUCUGGGACCUUGUCCAAUUUGCAUAUACAGGCUGCUUGGAAUUAAAAGAGGACACCAUUGAGAACCUUCUUGCUGCAGCAUGCCUUCUUCAGCUUCCACAGGUGGUGGAAGUGUGCUGCCACUUCCUCAUGAAGCUUUUGCAUCCAUCUAACUGUUUAGGAAUUCGAGCCUUCGCAGAUGCUCAAGGAUGCAUUGAAUUAAUGAAGGUGGCCCACAGCUACACAAUGGAAAACAUAAUGGAAGUUAUCAGAAAUCAAGAGUUUUUACUCCUUCCAGCUGAGGAGCUCCACAAACUACUGGCCAGUGAUGAUGUCAAUGUUCCUGAUGAAGAAACCAUUUUCCAUGCAUUGAUGAUGUGGGUCAAGUAUGACAUGCAGAGUAGAUGCAACGACCUGAGCAUGCUCCUUGCCUUUAUAAGAUUGCCACUGCUUCCACCACAGAUAUUGGCUGACCUAGAAAAUCAUGCAUUAUUUAAGAAUGAUCUGGAAUGUCAAAAACUGAUUCUAGAAGCAAUGAAAUACCAUCUAUUGCCAGAAAGAAGAACUUUAAUGCAAAGUCCGAGAACUAAACCCAGAAAAUCUACAGUUGGAACUUUGUAUGCUGUAGGAGGAAUGGAUAACAACAAAGGAGCUACAACUAUAGAGAAAUAUGAUCUGAGAACAAAUUUGUGGAUCCAGGCAGGGAUGAUGAACGGCAGAAGGUUGCAGUUUGGUGUGGCUGUUAUUGAUGACAAACUCUUUGUAAUUGGAGGUCGAGAUGGCUUAAAGACAUUGAACACUGUUGAAUGUUACAAUCCCAAAACCAAGACAUGGACUGUCUUACCACCAAUGUCAACACAUAGACAUGGUCUAGGCGUAACAGUACUUGAAGGCCCUAUUUAUGCUGUGGGAGGCCAUGAUGGCUGGAGCUAUCUGAAUACAGUGGAAAGGUGGGAUCCACAGAGUCAACAAUGGACAUUUGUAGCCAGUAUGUCAAUUGCUCGGAGCACAGUUGGUGUAGCAGCAUUGAAUGGCAAGCUGUAUUCAGUUGGAGGUCGUGAUGGAAGUUCCUGUUUGAGUUCAAUGGAAUAUUAUGAUCCUCAUACAAAUAAGUGGAACAUGUGUGCUCCCAUGUGUAAGAGGAGAGGGGGUGUCGGAGUGGCCACAUGUGACGGUUUUCUUUAUGCAGUAGGAGGUCAUGAUGCUCCUGCUUCAAAUCACUGUUCCCGGCUACUGGAUUAUGUAGAAAGAUAUGAUCCCAAAACAGACACGUGGACCAUGGUGGCUCCUUUGAGUAUGCCCAGAGAUGCUGUUGGGGUCUGUCUUCUUGGUGACAGAUUAUAUGCUGUUGGUGGCUAUGAUGGACAGACAUACCUCAACACUAUGGAAUCCUAUGACCCACAAACUAAUGAGUGGACACAGAUGGCUUCCUUGAAUAUUGGGAGAGCAGGUGCCUGUGUGGUAGUCAUCAAGCAACCUUGACUUAUUGAUAUUUUACUUGGAAAGAUUUUACUUGCUGGAGUGGUUAUUUUUAUACUGAGUGGCAAGAAUGAGAACUUCCAGAGAUAAAAACUCUUCAAGAACAAGGAUCUCUGUAGCAUUACCUAUUGAUGUUGAAAGAGUUAGUAGAUCAAACAGAAUAGUAGGAAACAAGAAAACAUUAAACUUAUACAGGAACAAUGUCUGGCCAUAUGUUAGUUAGUUCGGGAAUGGUUAUUGGUAAUUUGUUUUGUAUUAUAGCAUACAAUAACUAGAGUUACCAAAGGCUUGUUUUUUCUUGAGCAGUUGAAAGGAGAGACCAGUAUUUGUGACAUGGAUAAUUUCAUGACCACAGCUCAUUCAAUCAUUUUAUAGUCUAUGGCAAUAUCCAAGAGAUUGCCAAGAGUAGAGGACAGAAUAUUUCAUCUGACAGAAUCUGAUUGGUUUACUGUUUUUCUAAUCAUAUGUGAUCACAAUGGGAAGCAGAAUUAUGCUUUAUUAAAAUAAAACUACUUCUGCCUCAUUUUCCUAAGCUAUGAGAACGAUUAGAGAAACAGAUUCAUGCUUGUAUCUUGCAUUCAGAAAACAAACUGUCCUGCUAAUCAAAGCUGCAUAUUUCAUCAGAGAUAAUGGUUGAAUUUUAUGAUGACCAUACUGGCAAUCUGAAACUGGCAAACACAAAGGAUUGUUUUCAUUAGGCUUACCAUGUUGCUUUGCUUUUUUAACACACUGAGCCAAAGAUUCAGUAUAAUUAUGAGGCUUUUGCCUUAUGUUGAGUUCAGUGUAAGCAUGGAAGCUAGUGAUUCUGAAUGUUAUAUAUAUCCAUUGCAUGUUGAACUCCUUUAGCAUUUUGUUCUUAAACAAACUUAGAAUAUCAAAAGAAAAAUGUAUGAUCCAUUAAGUGAGAGUGUUUAUGAUUAUUGCUAGAAAGAAGGAAGACUUCAUAUUCUCAUCACCCAUUUUUCAAUCUUGUUACAUUGAUCUGUACAUUAUUUUAAGCUACAUGUUUGUAAUUGUUUAAAACAUAAAGUGGAAACAUUACACAAUGUCCUUAAUAAAUAGAUCCAUGUAAAUUUUAAUUACGGUUAAUAAAUGAUCAAAAAUUUGCAUUUA